AUGCCAAACGACAGCCUGGUGCUGAGCAGCCUGGACGGGAUUUACAUCGGCACCGAGUGCCUGGUUGCUUUGUUUGCCACUUUGGGUAACAUCCUGGUCAUCUGGGUGGUGAAGCUGAACUCAGUGUUUCAGAACACGACUCUGUACUUCAUCGUUUCCCUGGCGCUGGCUGAUAUUGCAGUGGGGAUCCUCGUCAUGCCGCUGGCCAUCGUGGUGAGCCUGGGCAUCAGUGUCCACUUCCACACCUGCCUGUUCAUGUGCUGCCUGAUGGUGGUUUUCACAAACGCCUCCGUGCUCUCCCUCCUGGCCAUCGCGAUCGACAGGUACCUGCGAGUGAAGCUGCCGACCAGAUACAAAAUCAUCACUACAGAGAGAAGAGUUUGGUGGGCGCUGGGUUUGUGCUGGUCUGUGUCCCUGCUGGUAGGGUUAGUCCCCAUGUUUGGAUGGAACAAGAGAGAACCAAGAAACUCCGAGUUUCUCAGGUGUCGAUUCACCUCUGUGAUGAGGAUGGAUUACAUGGUGUACUUUGGCUUCUUUCUAUGGACCCUUGUCCCUCUGCUCAUCAUGUGUGCUCUGUAUGUUGAAAUCUUUUACAUCAUCCGGACGAAGCUAAGCCAAGGUACAACCACCGUGAGAGGGGCAGGAGCAUUUUAUGGACAGGAGUUCAAAACAGCCAAAUCUCUCGCACUUGUUCUCUUCCUGUUUGCCAUAUCCUGGUUGCCUCUGUGCAUUCUAAACUGUGUUUCCUAUUUUUACCCUGAGGGUGACAUCCCCCAGUCUUUGAUGUAUUUGGGAAUUCUGUUAUCCCAUGCCAAUUCUGCCAUGAACCCCAUUGUCUAUGCUUGCAAGAUAAAAAAGUUCAAAACCACGUACCUUUUCAUUUUAAGGACCUAUAUCCUGUGCAAAAAAACAGACCCAGUUCUUACACAGCCAACAACAGACUAA